ACAGCUCUGAAGAGUCUUCUUUUGUGUCAGUCAGUUCAGCGAACAGAUUCCGAAUUUACCGGAAAAUUCCUGUUCAAAUCCGCGACCAGGGUUCAGAUUUGUUGUGUCGAUUCUGUCUGGUUUUCUCAAAUCACAACUAUGAACGAUAGCUUCGGUGGCGGCGGCUUCAACGCGUCCACGGCCGGUGGCGCCAAGGACGAGAACAAAGCGGAGGGCGUUCUGCCGCUGAUGGUGCGCCACAUCCUGGAAUCGCCCGAGGCCGGCAUCCAGCUGUUUGGCUUCCAGUACGCCAUGGUCACGUUCGUGGGCAUCGUGCGGCACAUUGAUCACUCCUCGACGAAGGUCACGUACCGGGUGGAGGACCACACCGGCCAGGUCGAUGCGCACCUCUGGCUGGAGGAAGGGGACAACAUGAACAUCCCGGGGGUCUUGAUUAACACGUACGUGCGGAUUGUUGGUUCCGUGCGCUCCCAGGGCGGCUCGAAGGCGGUCAUGAUCUUUAAGAUUGCGCAGGUCGAUUCGCCGAACGAGGUGACGACGCACCUGCUGGAGGUGUUGAACGCCCGGUACAAGGGCGAAGCGUACGCCAAGAGUGCCGGAAUUGCGGGAGGGGCUCGGGAGGGUGGUUCCGGAGAGGGAAGCGCCAGCGGGGGUGGCUUCAUGGACAACGAAGCGAACUCGAUGGGGCUGUCCGGGAAGCAGCUGGUCGUUUACAAGGCCAUCAAGAGUCACAUGUCGGACAUUGGCAUCAGCCGGAAGGAGCUGCAGUCCAAGUUCCCGCACAUCAGCCCGUCGGAGAUGCAGAGCAUCACCGAUUACAUGACCCAGGAGGGCAUCGUGUACACCAGCGUGGACUCGGACCACUUCCUGUGCGUUGAUUCGUAAGGUGUGAUCACCAGCAAGGUAUUGUUCACUUAUGAUUCACACCAACAACUAUGUUAUACGUUAUUACUUUAUAAAACCAAACUCACAUUAAAAUCAGUAGCUGUAAU